GGAAAAUAAAAAACGCACGCCACGUAGUCACCCAUCCCCAACGCAAUUCCAUCCUCCUCCUCCAAAUCCACCCCGAACUUCCGACAUCCCAACGGAGCCCCCUGUUCCCGGCGCGAUCCGCCCCUCCCCUUGCUCGAGCCUCGAGGCCAGCUGCCCCGAAUCGAUCGAGAACGCCGGGUUCCGCAGCCGGGAUCGCCCAAAGGCGCCUGCUUUCCGCCGAAUCCGCCGCCGCCAUCGUUGGUGCGCCGGGGCCGGGCCGUCGAGAUUCCGGCGUGAGGUGUGGUUCCUGACUUCCCGCGCGCGCGGAGAGGAGCGCCCGCCUUCCGGCCAUGGCGUGCCGGGGAUUCUUCGAGUGCGUCCUCAAGCUGCUCAACCUCGUUGUCAUGGCGGUCGGGCUGGCCAUGGUGGGCUACGGCGCCUACCUGCUCGCGAUGUGGCUGCAGGUGGUGCCGCCGCCGGCGCCGCCGAUGCCGCCGUCUCCGGCGCCGGUGGCGGUGGCUGCCAGCGGCGGGCUGGUGCGGCUCGGGAGGCCGCUGCUGCUCCUGGUCGAUGCGUCCGCCCUGUCCGCCGGAACCGCGGAGAGGCUCUCCAGUGCCUGGUUUAUUUUUGCGUUCAUUGGUGUUGGUGUUGUACUCUUCAUCACAUCAAUCUUUGGUUGUGCCGGAGCUAGGAAUGGAUGCUGCUUGUCUAUUUAUUCAUUCCUCAUUAUUUUGUUCAUACUGGUAGAGCUUGCUGCAGGAGGCUUCAUUUUCUUCAACCAUAAUUGGAAAGAGGUGGUCCCAGUUGACAAAACUGGUAACUUUGACAUGAUGUACAGCUUUCUGAAAGAGAAUUGGAGAAUUGCAAAAUGGGUUGCACUUGGAGCUGUUAUAUUUGAGGCAUUGCUGUUCACUGUUGCUAUCAUAGUACAGUCAGGCAAUCAAGCUGAUUAUGACAGUGAUGACGAGUACAUCGGCCCGAGGUCUGGAAUAAGGCAGCCAUUGGUAAAUCAACAUCAGCAAGCUGCUGCUGAUCCCAGGGUGCCCAAUCUGGACUACCGCCCAAUCCGGAACGAUGCAUGGAGCCAAAGGAUGAGAGAAAAGUAUGGGGUGGAUAGCUUCGAUCCAAACAGGUUUCAACAGGCCACGAUAUCUCCUGCAGAGCAAAGAAACCGAUGUACAAUUCUCUGAGGCUUGGUUGAUAUCAGGCACUAGUGAUUCCAAGUUUAUAUCUAACUGUGCAAUUACAUCGGCUCCUGGAUAAUGCAUGCCUGGUUUAUCCGAUGUUGCCAUGUUGUGUAGAAUAUGGAGAGUUUUGCCUUUGCCUGCCUGUGUCCGUUGGUUUGCAGGGUCAGAACUCCAUACUUCUACUGGAAUAGGCACUGAAUCUGCCGGGGUUUUGUGAUAAGUAAUGAACCUAGUUUGUGUUUCAGAUAAUGUUUCAAUGUGCAUAAAACUUUUGUCUGUGAAGUGAUUUUCACUAUAUGCACCAUGUUUAAACCAGACAUGUUUGUUACGCCAAAACUUCACAUUGCCAGAGAUCUCUAUGCAUGUAUGAAUGAAGAUGCCGAGCCUUCUGUUCUUGCAAUAA